GUGUCUGUUUCCGUCACUUACUAACAAGUAUGUUUGGAAACACAUUUUUGUCAAAAAAUAGAAAAUAAUUAUUUCAAAGAACUUUAAAGUAAAAUUCUCAUUUUUGGAAUUACAUAAAAAUGAAAGAAAAGUAAAAUUGUGAAUUACUUAGUUACUUGACAAGUGAUAGACAAAUGGACACUGUGAUAAUCGCGUUGAAUUUGAUGAGAAACAAUUUUGGGAUGUGUUGAUUAUGAGUAUAGGUGACAGAAGACUGUUUCAACAUCGUAGACUUGUCCACAUUAGAUCUUGAGUAAUGCAGGAUUAGUCACAGCCUGAAAGUCCAAAUUGAUUAUACAUAAUUUUUCUCUGUGGUUCACACUCAGUACAUGUAUGCAGUUGGUUUGACGGUGAAUUUUGUGUACCACAGAAUAUUCUUUAAUCCACCAUCAUUUCACUUGAUAAAACUUUACUUCUUGGAGGUUUUGGACAAACCUUUCAUACACAUUGUGCCAUGACCGCAGGCAUGGAAAGCCUCAAGAGGCGCCUGAGUUUUCGCAAGAAGAAGAACCACGUUCCUGAGUGUUCAAAGCCUCACCAGUGGCAGGAAGACGAGAAGAAAGUCCGAGAUGGAACAUGUAGUUUCCAAGUUCGGUACCUUGGUUGUGUUGAAGUGUUUGAGUCAAGGGGCAUGCAAGUUUGUGAGGAGGCAGUUAAAACGCUGAAAACUCAAUGUAAGGGUAAAUACCAAAGGGCUGUGCUCUACGUUUCGGGGGAUGCCUUACGAGUUGUUGACGAAAUCAGCAAGAGUAUGAUAGUUGACCAAACCAUUGAGAAGGUCUCCUUCUGUGCACCGGACCGUAACCAUGAGAAAGGAUUCGCCUAUAUAUGUAGAGAUGGAACCACCAGACGAUGGAUGUGUCAUGGUUUCCUGGCUGUGAAAGAGUCCUGGUAUUUCAAGGGCCGGAAUCGCCGCUCCGGGGAGCGUUUGAGCCAUGCUGUAGGCUGUGCUUUCGCGAUCUGUUUAGAACGCAAACAGAAGCGAGACAAGGAUUCCAGCACCGGGGUACAAGUCACGUUCUCUCAGGACAAAACCAGCUUCACCAGAAUGGGCUCGUUCAGACAGACCACUUUGACUGAGAGAAUAACAGAUCCACAGAGUGCCAUACUGGCUGAACCAGUACCUGUGAAGAAGGUUGACAACCCAUUUGCUGUGGAGCGACCAAAAGCCACUACAAAUAUGCUGGUCAGACAAGGAUCAUUUAGAGGUUUUGAGAAUCUACAGAAAGAAUCAUCUCCAUUUAAGCGCACUGUGUCACUGCGAGUCAAUGAACUUCCGUCAACCUUGCAGAGACAAGGGGCAAUAUCAGACAGCUCACCACCAAAACCAACUACAGCAGAUGUCAGUGCCCCUAUUCAAGAAAUGUCCCCUUCCAAAGAAGAAGAGGAUUCAAUAGCCCAGAUGUGCCAGCAGUUGACCAUGGGAUUAUCACAGCUCAGCUCAGAUGACCCAUUUAGCACCACCCAGAAGGUGGAGUCUACACCAUCUCAAAGUCUCACCUCACCGGCAUUCCAAGCACACAGCCCCAAGCACACCUCUCAAACACAUGUUUUGUCACACCCAGCAGCCCCCAUUCAGCAGACCAACCCAUGGGCUUCUUCCAGUAGCAGCCCUGCCCAUACUGCCAUGCCCACAUCUACAUGGUCAUCACCACAAGCUACAAAUCCUUUCGCUAAUGCUCCUCCCAUAAGUGGAACAACAGUCAGCAAUGGUGGAGCAUUUGCCCAGUUUCCACAACAACCACAACCUCCUCCUCGGUCGCAUGCUCCUCACCUGCAGCACAUACGGAGUCAUUCCAUAGACACUGGUGAACUUUCCACAAGUCAGUGGACUGGUCAUUCUCGUCAGCAAGCAAAACCCACUCUUAUGGACAUGGCUCAACAACGGAGCUUUCAGGUGAAUGGCAGUGCGUGGGGAGAUUCAGCCUCUGGGGUAACGUCUAAAGCAUCAGGGCCCAGUGUUGAUCCUUUUGAUGUUGCAUGGGCAGAAAAAUCUACAAACAGACAGACUGCAUCGAAUCGCAGCAACCCAUUUAACAGUGGCAGAGGUACACAGAAAACAUUUGAAGUGAAAUUAUAGGGCUAGCUUAAAACUGUGUUACUUCCAUUAUUCAGGAAAAUAACAAAAUUGAAUUAUAUGGGGAUUGAAAUUGGUCCUUUCAACAGAGAAGCCAGUGUCAAAGCUGACAGAUACCAUUAAACAUUCUAAAUGUUUCACUUACACAGGACUCAUUGCACUUUUAAAGCUUUACUCCAUGUUCUUAAUUUGCAGUUUUAUGUAAAUCUGGUGUCUUAUGAUAUCCUCUCAUGCAAAGCAUUAAGUUUACUUGCAUCUAUUUUUAUUUCAAAAUGAUUUUAUUUUCAAACACAAUUGUAUUCUUUCAUAUGACUUGAAAAUGAUACGUGUAUGUUUACAUUCAGUAGCCUUUCAUGUUGCAUUCAUAUCAUUUUUAUGUAGAUUUCACACUGUGAAUGUUGAACAUUUAUUUUUACACACAGGUAUUGUUUAUGUUUUAUUUGUAUAAUUAUUAUCUAUAAGUGCAUAUAUUGUUUUAGAUGUGCAGACUGUAUAUAAAUGUGAGCCUGGUCAAACUUGAUAUGAAGAGGUAUAUUGCCUAGAUUUAAUGUACUUCUGAAGACUGCAUAUUUUAAGUGAGUUAUCUAGAAUUAAUAUAAUUUUAUAUUUACCCACAGUAAGUCAUAGAUUUAGAUAAAAGUGUAAAUUAGGAGUUUUGUAAUGUGAUUAAUUAUUAUAGUAUAAAAGCAAAACAGAUGCUUAAUUGCAAUUGAUGCAGUGCUAUUUGUAAAUAGAAUAUAACAAACUAAAUGCUAUAUUCAGGUAUUUAUAAUCCUGAGUCUUUAAUGAGAUCAGGGAGUUGCUGGUAAUAUGUUAAACAUAUCUAAGAAGAAAAGUUGUGAACUGUUGUCUGUGAUUCAAGUGAAUGCUUUGUGUUUUGAUAAAGCACUGCAAUUGAAUUUAUUAUAAAACUAAGCAUUUUUGCCAUUACUAUCCUCCAUGAUAAAGUCUUAAAGGACCAGUAUAUAGACAUAUUAAGAGAAUUUUACAGAUCUGUUUUAAAUAUUAUUUAAAGAAAUGGUUUUAGAUUAGAGAGGAUUAGCGUGUCUGUCCUUCAUGUUUUGCAAGUUUAAAAGUAUGAUUUUUAAAUACCCUUCCAUUUUAAAGUACAUAUAGACAUGUACCUAUAGAAUUAUUUUGCCUUGAGGUUUGAAUGGGAGAACAGGAUCUAGGUUUUACUUUUGGACUAAUUUUUCAAGUAGUGUCGCACACUGUCGAUAUCCAGAAGUGUUAUGUAUUCAGAUUUAAAGGAAAUCUGCUCUGCAGAUAAUUUUAUUGGAACCGUUUUUAUAUGGCAGAUGUUGUCUAGGUGCUUUUCAAAUUUACAAAGAUAUGUGCCUGCUUUCUCUGGAAUUAUGGGAAUAGCGAAGUAUAUCAGUAUAAAGGGCCAGGACGGUUUUACAAGAGAAUUUACAACUAAAACUAAAAAUGUUACAUAGUUCUAAAAAUAUAUAAUUACAUAACUGCAUUUUUCUUAUUUAUUUUAAAAUCACAAUGUAAUACAUGUAAAGAAUAAAGGAAAUUUCAAAAUAAGAUUUUGGUCUUAGUUGUAAGUUUUUCGUGGCCCUGGUAAUUAAUCUUAAUGGUAAAAGUCGUAAAUCUAUAAUAUUUUACUAAGCUGCAUGAUUUAUUGCAAUUCUAAUGUUAUGUUUAUAUUUUAAACAUAAAUCUUUGCAUUAAUAAAGUUUCAAUAUAGAU